AUGUCUUUAUUACCUCAAUCAUAUCAAUUAAUUCAUGUCUUCACAUCACCACCGCAACAGUGUGAGUUUAAAACAUGUGUUGUACAUACUUCACUUGCUCAUCAAAUUAUUGCAUGUAUUAGAGAAGAAACAAAUAAUAAUAAUACAAAAACAUUUUUAUUAAUUUCAGUACAUUCAAAUAAAGCUAAUUUUAAUCAAAAUAUUCAAUUAGAUACUAUACAUAUACCAACAAGAUCAUAUUGUGCAAUUGAUCAAAACGGACAAGACAUAAUUGUUUUAUUUGAGGAUUAUUAUUACUUUUCAUAUACAAUAAUGAGAAAUAAUUUUUAUGAACCAAAAUUAAGAAGUGUUAAUUUACCAAAAUCAAAUAAAAUUAGCAGUGUUAAUUGUUUUAUUGUAUUUUCACAUUGUGGAUUACCAGUAGGUGUAUUUGGUACAAGAAAUGGAGUAGUUGGAUUUUUUAAUGUUAAUAGUGGAAUGUUAAUUCAAACAAUUAAUAUAAGUAAAAAACCAAUUGAAGAGAUUCAACUAAGUCAUUCAAUACUUUUAAUUCAAACAGGAAAGAUGAUAUAUAUAAUUAAAAUUAAUGAUAAUGAUGAAUUAACAUUAGAAAAACCAAUAAAAUUUUGUUCAAGUGAUAUUUUUUAUGUAAAUAAAGGACAAAUUGGAGUUAAUAUUAAUAAUAAAUUACAGAUAUGGAAUAUUGGAACUAAAGGGCCAAUAUUAAUUAAAGAAAUUGAUUAUUCAAAUAGGGUAUAUACAAAAACAAAUAUUACAGCAUGUUCUAUUGGAGAUUUAAUUUUUAUUUCAGAUACAAAAUGUAUUAGUAUAACUUAUGGUUCUACUGUUAUUUAUUGUGAAAAAUUAAUGGAAAAACCAAAAGGAAUUAUUCCAUUUCAAUUACCAACAAUGGAAGAUAUUAAAUUAUUUGAAGGAAUUGUACUAUGGAAUGAAAAUCAAAUUAUAUUAUGUAGAUCAAUAAAACCUAUUGAACAAAUCAUUAUUAAUCAAUUAAAAAUUGAAGAAGAUAUAGAAAAACAAAAUAAAAUGUAUUCAAUUUUAAGAGGAUAUGAAAGUUCUAAAGAAACAAUUAUUGCAAUGGCAAAAAUUCUUGUAAAAGAAUAUCCAAUAAAGUCACAUAAAUUAUUAGAAACGUUUAAUAUAUUUAAUUAUUCUAUUUAUCGAUAUAUUUUUAUUCACCAUAAACUUUCAAUUAAAGAAUAUGAUUUAAUAUUAGAAUCUAUUGAAAAACAUUCUGAAGAAAAUAUUCAAAUUGCAGAUUUAAUUGUAUCAAUUUAUAUUAUUAAAGAUUAUUAUUAUGGAAUUACUUCUGAUUCAUCAUUUAUUAAAUAUUUAAAUCAAAAAGUAUUAUAUAAUAGAACAAAAGCAAUGACUAAAUUAGUUGAACAUCCUAAACUAUUUUGGAGAUAUAUUUUAGAAUUAUUAUUAUUAUGUGAAUUAAAAGUUGUUAAAGUUUAUUGUAAAACAAUAAGGACUUUAUCAAUGAAUAUUGUAGAACCACAAUUAUUUAUUUCAUCUUUAAUUAAAAAUGUUCCUAAAUCAAUUUUUGAAAUUUUAAAUACACCUCCUUUAUAUGAUAGUUUAACUAUUCUUCAAAAAUUUGAUAUGUUAUGUAAAGCAAUUAAAUUAUCUCCUAAUCUUUCUCAUAUUAUUCAAUUAGAAUCUUUAUUGUUUCAGCUUAAACCUCAACAGUUAGAUUGUUUAACUCAACUUAUUAAACCAAAAACAUUAACUUUUAGUUGUAUUUGUAUG